CUGGAGCCUGGGGGCGGUGGGGGCUCGGGAGCAGUCGGAAGCCCCGGGGCCCAUGUGCCCCCUGGCCCGGGCGUCCCAGUGACUCGAGGAGAGGGGUCUCCGCUUUGCUACGUGCCGUCCAGCAGGCUCCCGAGCCUCGCGGGUGCAGCCUCUUCCCGUCCGUUCCCGGCUAGUCAAGCAGAACUGCCCUAGAAGAAGACUAUGGCCAGGUACAGCCACCAGAGCCUCCUGGACUGGCUCUACGGGGGCGUGGACCCCAGCUUUGAAGGCAACGGGGGCCCCGACUGUGCUGCGUUCCUGUCGUGGAAGCAGCGGCUGCUGGAGAGCGGGGCCUUCCUGGCCCUGGCCGUGCUGGAGAUCCUAGUGGCCCUAUGGCAUCUCCUGUGGAAGCCCAAGGAGGACUGGGGAGCCCGAGGGGCCUUCCCUCGCCUCCGAUCGCAGCAGCAGCCGCCCGCCGCCAAGGAGAGCCUAUUCAAGAAUCUGCUCCUCGUGGCCCUGUGUCUGACCUUCGGCGUGGAAGUGGGCUUCAAAUUCGCCACCAAGACCGUCAUAUACCUGCUCAACCCCUGCCACCUGGUCACCAUGAUGCAC